AUGGUAUAUGUAUUGGGCCUGUUCGUAGUCUUCCUCGUAAUCUUGGUCAUGUGGCUUUAUCGCUACUUGAGGGCACGAUGGAACGCCCAGAAGCAAGCUCGCAACGCCUCUCCAGACGACCCAACACUCCCCAUCUUCCACAGGCCAAGUUUCGCCUCAACCGCCGACCUCGUUGCAGAACACAUUGUCCUCCCACAGCCCGUCCAAGUCAACCCGUAUGGCUAUGGCAUGUACUCUCGUCUCGGUGGCGACUAUGGCCGUGGAGCAGGCAACCCCUUGCCUGCUGUCAACCGGGCUCAUCCUGAAUGCGGUAGCGAUCCGGACCUGCCCGCAUACAGUAAGUUUGCUACCAGCCCGUGUCGGCACAAAGGUGGAGGUCGGUGCUUUGUUUUUGCCAGGCCUAGCGUUGGUUCGAGUGAUCCUCAUAUUGUCUCCGUCCGUCUGAUGAGAGCAUCCGAGCCGUUCCUGCCCCAGACUCGACAUCGCGUCCUCGAUGUACCUCCCGCCGUGUUUUGA